UCCCUGGGGCAUGGAAAGGAAGGCUGUGCAGCACAGUGUGUAAAUUGCGCACGCGCACAUGUGUGUUGAUGAGGGAGAACACGGAUUUAGCAGCCGAAGAGAAGCCUGUCCGUGUGUGCAUGCAUGAGCGCAGGUCUGAGUGCGCUGCCUGGGCAGCCACUUUCCCCGCUGCCCUCCUCCUCCGAUAAUCCCUGCUGACACGGCGCACAAAGGACUAAACGCUGGCCGCAUCCUCCAGGAAGGCCCUCUCCACUCUGCCUGUCUGCCCUCCAGCUCUGAUUACCCACACAGAAGCUGAAUACAGGGAGGAUGCUGCUGCCGUAACGCUGCCUGCAUGCGGCUACAUAACCUCUGGUUCACUGUCCACCACAGCAUAGGGCUCUAGCCCCAGGAUUCCCCCUCUAUCUAUCUCACUGGAGGUGUUCCAGGAGGUGCUGUAGAACUCUGUCCUCACCAUCUUGUGCAGAUUGGAGGCUGCCGCCUCCUCUCCUACCCUGUUUUUGUGUCUCUCGGCUUGCUGACUGUGCCCCACGCGUCUAUUCCAACAGUCACCCCUGAUCUGGUCCCGGAGCCCCUGGUUCCAUCUGUGGUGCCUACCCUGCCCUCGGCGUGGGUCCGGCCUGCCCUGCACAGGCCCCGUAGGCGCAGCAGCAGCGGCAACAGCAGCGGCAACAGCAGCAGAGGCGACCCCACCAGGCCGUGGCCCUCGGGCCUGGCAGGCCCCAGAGGCAGCAUGGAGGUAGGCAUGCGUGUGGUGCGUGGCCUGGACUGGAAGUGGGGGAACCAGGAUGACGGUGACGGCCACGUGGGCACGGUGGUAGAGAUCGGGCGGCAGGGCAGCACCACCACACCCGACAAGACGGUGGUGGUGCAGUGGGACAGUGGCACGCGCACCAACUACCGCACAGGCUACCAAGGCUCCUACGACCUGCUGCUCUACGACAACGCCCAGAUCGGUGUGCGCCACUCCAACAUCAUCUGUGACAGCUGCAAGAAGCAUGGCAUCAUGGGGAUGCGCUGGAAGUGUAAGGUGUGCUUUGACUACGACCUGUGCACGCAAUGUUACAUGAACAACAAGCACGACCUGGGCCACGCCUUUGAACGCUAUGAGACCGCCCACUCCCAACCAGUGUGCUUGGCCCCAAGGCAGAAUCUUCCACGGAUCAUCCUCAAAGGAAUAUUCCAGGGGGUGAAAGUGGUACGCGGACCCGACUGGGACUGGGGAAACCAAGACGGAGGAGAGGGUAAGGUUGGGAAGGUGGUGGACAUCCGUGGCUGGGACACAGAGUCCGGUCGCAGUGUGGCCAGUGUCACCUGGUCCAAUGGUACCACCAAUGUCUACCGAAUGGGUCACAAGGGCAAGGUAGACCUCAAAUACGUGUCUGACGUCCAGGGAGGCUUCUACUACAAAGACCACCUACCAAAGCUCGGUGAGCACGCAGAACUGCAGAGGCAGGAGAGUGCAGAAGGCCACACCUUCAACCAGGGGGACAAGGUGAAAUGUCUCCUGGAGGUGGACAUCCUCAGACAGAUGCAGGAGGGCCACGGAGGGUGGAACCCCAAAAUGUCAGAGUACACCUGCAGAAUCGGGAUGGUACACAGAAUCACUGACCGGGGAGAUGUCCGAGUCCAGUACAGCAACAACAUCCGCUGGACUUUCCACCCAGGGGCCCUAACCAAGGUGAACACUUUUGGUGUGGGCGAGCUGGUGCGAGUGCUGGAAGACAUAGACAACGUUAAGAGGCUUCAGGCUGGCCAUGGAGAAUGGACAGACAGCAUGACACCCGCCCUGGGGCAGGUGGGCAAGGUGCUGAAGGUGUACGCCGACGGGGACCUGCGCGUGGCCUUCAACGGCCAGACGUGGACCUUUAACCCGGCGUGCCUCUCGGCCCAAUCCGUGGAGGUGGACGCCAACCUCAUGACGGUGGAGAACCCCAACGUAUCCGGAAACACAGUCAUUUCAGUCCUGGAGAAGCUGCUGUCUCAGUCUACAGAUCAGGACAACCCCAGCCGGCUGGUCAUCGAGGCGGCGCAUGGCAGUGCCAACAAAGUCCGAGAGCUUGUGCAGAAAUACCCUGACAAGGUGGAUAUAAAGAACCAGGGCAAGACUGCGCUGCAGGUGGCAGCCCACCAGGGCCACAUGGAGGUGGUCCUGGCUCUGCUGCAAGCCAACAGCUCCAUUGAAGUGAAGGACGAGGACGGAGACACCGCCCUGCACUACACGGCCUUCGGGAACCAGGCGGAGAUUGCACGGCUAUUGCUGAGCAAAGGGGCCAAGGUGAACCUGCUGAACAACUCAAUGUGCACAGCGCUGCACAUAGCCGUCAACAAGGGCUUCACCGAUGUGGUGCGUGUGCUGUCGGAACACUCAGCCGACAUCAACCUACAGGACUCGUACGGAGACACACCGCUGCACGACGCCAUCGCCAAAGACUUCCGGAACAUCAUUGAGAUCCUGGUUGUGGUGCCCAACAUAGACUUCACCCAGCAGAACCACCGCGGCUUCAACCUCCUGCACCACGCAGCCCUCAAAGGCAACAAGCUGGCCACGGAGAAGAUCUUGGCUCGGGCGCGUCAGCUGGUGGAUGUCAAGAAGGAGGACGGCUUCUCGGCUCUGCACCUGGCCUCCCUCAACAACCACCGAGACGUGGCCGAGAUCCUUGUAAAAGAGGGCCGCUGUGACGUCAACAUCCGCAACAACCGCAACCAGACGCCGCUGCAACUGGCGGUGACGCAGGGCCACGGGGACCUGGUGCAGCUGCUAGUGGUCGAGGGCGCGGACGUCAAUGUGGAGGACGAGGAUGGGGACACGGCCAUGCACGUCGCCCUCAGCCGCCCGCAGCUGGCCAACGCCACGCUCAACCCCGCCACCACCAGCACCACGACCACCACGCAGGAGAGAGUAGAGGGGGGUCCGGGCUCGUCAUCAUCCUCGCUGUACUGUCAGCUGAGCAGCUCGGGGCUGAUGGGUAACACGGAGCUGAGCGUGGGCGCAGCCAUUGCCUGUUUCCUGGCACAGGAGGGCGCCAACAUCAACUACGCUAACCACAAGGGCAAGAGCCCGCUGGACCUGGUAGCUGACACAGCCGUGCUGCAGCUCAUCAAGAGCUUCUCUGAGAAGCAGCGGUUGCAGCGGCUGCAGGCCAUCACGUGUGGCACGUCACUGAGCAGCACCAGCCUGCGGCGGGUCCACACCACGCCCAAUACCAUGACUAACCUGGCCAUGCCCGUCCUGCCGGGGCCCAGCGAGUGUCUCAUCUGCUCCGAGCUGGCGCUGCUCGUCCUCUUCUGCCCCUGCCAGCACAGCGUCGCCUGCGAAGAGUGUGCUCAUCGAAUGAAGAAAUGCAUCAAAUGCCAGGUCACGAUCACCAAGAAAAUAAGACAAGACCAGACAGAGGUGGACUGCAGCCCGGACUCGGAGCAGCACAACCUGCUGGAGCAGCUACAGUCACGCUACCGCCAGAUGGAGGAGCGUAUCACCUGCCCCAUCUGCAUCGACAACCACAUCAAGCUGGUCUUUCAGUGCGGCCACGCCUCCUGCAUCGACUGCAGCGCCGCCCUCAAGACAUGCCCCAUCUGCAGGCAGACCAUCCGCGAGCGCAUUCAGCUCUUCGUCUGACCCAGGCCCCUGUCCUCCGCCUCCUUUCUCCCCCCUCCCCCCCAUGAAGUGGCCCAGGGGUGGUCAGCUUGUUGCCCGUUUUCUGCUGGUGUCCGUUAGUCGGUCAGUCUGCGUCUCAGUCCUUUGGGAUAAGCCACUUGCUCAUCCAUCCUGGCUCAGCCGCUGCGCUUUGUUGUGUUCUGUUUCAUGAAGUUGCGCCAGGGGUGUAAUCAUUACGCCGAUUCUGUUGCAAAAUGUUUUGCCACAGAAACUGUUUACUCAAAACAGAAAAACACAAAUUAGAGUUUCUAUUGGGCAAAUUCAGGUAGGUCCCUCCGUGUUUCGUUCCAUUUGCUUUGUUUGCUUCCAUUUUGUUCUUAAAGAGUAAACGGUUUCCGUAAUGAAUACACCCCAGGGUUUCCAGCAGUGUCACAUAGCUGGAUAUGGUCAUACUGACUAGAUUUAGUUUUUUUUGUUGCCCAUUUCUGCAUGGGAAAAAAUCCAUCCACUACCCCUGAAAGGCUCUGCAAUGCUUUCUCCGUGGCCCCCAGUAACCAGCAUCCACAGCCGGUUACAUCAGGAGGAGGUGGUUGUGCCGCAAGCUCCACUCAUAUUGGUGAACAAGGAGGAUGUCCCUACGAACCAGGGAGGAUGUCCAUCUGAAUAGGCCCUCACCUGUGCUGCUCUAAGAGGAUGUCUGUUAUUCCCCAUUUGAUUGCACCCCGUUUGCCUGUCUUACCUCCCCUGUUUACAAGGCUGCAGAGAACAGUCCAUCUCCCUGUCUUGAAUCCUGUGUAUUAUGUUUGCUCUCCUUCAUAUGAAGCUGUUUGUAAUAAGUGUUAGUAUCCAGAGGGUGAUGGUAUAACUAAAGGCUCCUCUGUAUAGUCCCUCCCGCUUGCCGUACAUACAUACGUAAGGAAAAUACACACUAUAUGCAUGAGUACAUGCAUAUUCUAAGCUGAAGACUUUGUUGUGAAUUUGGUUACAUGUGUGGUUUUAAGAGUACCUGUAAUUAGUACUGAGUUAUUCAUGUCUGAAGGUGUUUCUAUUUAGCUAAAGUCAUAUUAUUUUUGGUGUUUGAUCUGCAAAAAAAGGAUUUCUGCUGUAAUUUCACCCAAGCCUAUGUCCUUCUCUACUCAGGGUCCUGAUUCAUUGAAACACUUCUAGUAUCAAAAGGGUUGUGGAAGGUUUUGUUUUUGUCAAAUGUUUUUACAUUAGAGCCUUCUGACAAUUUGGUGUGCAUUUACUAAGGGACUUGUAGAUAUCUGGUAAAACAACAGCUUGGACUGUUUUAUAGCAGAAUAGACGUGUAGAUGAGUUCACUUCAGCCCAACAUACCUUUCUUGCUUUUGGUAUGAAAUGAAUGUUGAAAUGCACCAUAAGAGAGGUUUGCGUGUUGCUUUAAAAGAAAGGAAAUACUUAUUUGUCUGCUGUCGCAGUAGCAGUGCAAGUCAUUUUCCUUAUACCAUCACCCAGAUACCUAUUGUUCUUUGUAGAUUUGUAUAAAAAGCAUGAACGAAGCCCGUGUCUGUUGUUGUCUGAACCUGAGCGCCUCUGUCCGUCUCCUCAGCGUGUAGCGUAGCGUUGUACUGCCCAGCAAGUGCGUUAGCUGCCCAUCCGCUUGCUAGCAUCAUCACACUCAGCCUCAGACAGGGCUCAGCCAAUUGGGUGGUGCAGAAAGGUUUGUCAUUGAGUUUAGGUCAACUUUGGACUCUUGCGGACAGAAUUACCUUUGAUUUCUGGAAGCCUUGGUGUUCUUUGGAUAGAGGAAGAUAACUCCUCCAAUACAGAUCAGAAAGGAUUAUUGGUCAAUGGAGGUGGGUAAACUUCUAUAAAAGCUGAGCCAGAAAAAUGAUGUAUAUGCUUCUUUAUUUUGUCACAAUGUGGACUUUUGGCAGCCUUUGGACUCUUGUAAAUGUAUUUUUUUCUCAAACAGUAAACAUUGAAUUAGACAUGGCAACAAAAAAAGUGGAACUGUACAUCUGUAGCUACGUGUCUCGUAUCAUAUUCAGCCUACUUAGAAGAAACCCUCCCCAGUCUGUUUGGCAAAGCAUUUUGGAUUGUACAUCAUCCUUGGUAUUUUUUGGUUUGUUUUCCAAAGGGCUUAUGUGUUUUUAAAAAAUGAUCUAUUUGAUUUUUCUAUUGUAAACUUCCAUUGACAGGGGUUCGUAGAUCCCAGCUUUCGGUAAGCCAAUUAAGAUGUACAUUUUGAAUGUUAGAAAAAAUGUAACCUGUCUUACUCUGCCUUUUUGUGGAAAGGUUGUAAAGAUGUGAGAGAGGGUACAAGCGGGGGAAAGUAAGGUUUACUCUAAGAAGUACUACUACACCAGUGCCAAAUCUUUAAAAGGAUGUGCACAGGACUGCACAGCUUAGUUCAUCUAGAUAUAAUGCUCUAGCCAUUAUCAAUGUUUUGAAAUAAUUGAAUAGCACUAUUGUGGCUCCCAAUGUUGAUUUUGUCUCAAACUAUCAUAGCUAUGUACUAUUUGGGCAAAAGAGCAAGAGCAUAUUGUGAGUAUGCUAUGGAGUUUGGAAAACAGGCUAUAGGGUACUAAAAAAGUAGUGCACUACAUAGGGAAUAGGGUGUCAUGAGACUGCACCCAUUCCCUCUUUCCCAGCUUCUCAAUGACAACUGAUAUUAAAGAAGAAGAAAGAAAAAUUGGAGCCAAAACGUUAUAAUUUUAAUGAAUCGAGUCUUUAUGAUCAUUAAAGAUUGUCAUCUGGUGUCCUACAUUGGGUGAUGUGAGUAUUCUCUGUACACAGGUAAAAACCAUUAUUUAGGAGAGCCAGGAGGUUUGAAAUGUACUACUAGAGGUUUGCUAUGAGAACUACAUAUACUAUUUAAGCAAGAAAUGUUACUAUUUGUGUGUACAGCACUUGGAGUUCUGAUGUUGGCCUUACUGUCCAUUCCUCCAACGUUGACGUGUUUGUUCAGUUGUAUUCUGUCCGAAAAUAUUUUGCAAUAAAUAUGGAACUGUUUUAUAAGUA